GUGCAAUUCGAAUUGUAACCUAGUUCAUUAGAAAAUUGUGUCAUUAUUUUAAAUAGAAACAUUUUUGAGCAUUCCAAUAAAUUUUCUUAUUUGAUCGUAGUAAAAAUGAUAAAUAAUUCAGGUGCUUUUGAUAAAUUUUUAGAUGGUGUCGGGAAAGUUGUCGAGACUGGACAGCAUUUAGCCCAAGACUCUAUGGAAAAAGUUUACGAUGCGUUUAAAGGCGAUAAAACUCCAUGUGAGCAACACAAAGAUAACGCUAUGUGUGAUGCCAAGUGCGCUGGUUCAAAAAUCUCGGAUGCCGUUAGGGAAGCUGGAAGUGCUGUAUCUGAAAGCCAACCUGUUAAGAAGGUUCAACAUGCAAUUCAUGAAUCAACCGAAUAGAUCAACAAUUUUUUUUUAAUGUAUAAAAUAGAAUAAAGACUUAAUUCAACAUAAACUUAAAAAAAAACUUUUAAAUAAGGAGAUCCUGUUUUUUGAAAGCACGAAUGAGUAUUGUUGACGUUUACCAGAAGAGAGUAACAAUAUACUUUUUUUUAUGAGUCUAACACAUUUCUGAUUGUUUUCUGAUUGUUUUUUAAUUGUUUUUUAAUUGUUUUCUGAUUUACGACAUGCAUGUACGUUCUAAUCUAAAGCACAAUUUUGACACGAAAAAAAUGAAUUUAGUUCAACUAGGCUACUAAGAAGAGCAAAUAAGAGAAAUUUACAAAAUGGUGUCCCAAUUGAGUUAAAUGGUUGAAGCAAAAAAUUAAAAGUGCAAGUUAAUUCAGAACAUUCCUGUAGAACCAGCUUUGAUUUUUUUUUUUGAAAGCUUCAAGUUAUGUCUGAGUUGGAUCAUAAAAUUGAUUCGUUUAAAACAAUCGUUUCAUAUGUGGAACAGUCAAAAAAUAAGAAACACAAAACCUUAUCUGGAAGAAAAAAAAAAAAUGUUAAAGUUAUAGAUAAGGUUACGAAAAAUUCUAACAAGGAAAACAAGAUAAGGAAGAAAACAAAGAAAAAUGAUUCCUUCAACUCCAUCAUAAAUCUUGUAUGUAAUUCAAUAGAAUAUAUUUGUUUUCCUAUACACAAAAUUCUAUGGCAACAAUCUUUAACAAGUGGAAUAAGACAUCGCCGUGAUCAUUUAAAUAGACAAAUAAAAAACGGUCCUUAUACACAAGAGGAACAUGAUAUUCUUAAAGCAUCAUUAGAGAAUUACUUUAAGUUACAAGGCUGGAAUGAACAAGAAUGCUGGAAUCACAUAACGUCUUUUGGCGAGGGGAGUGGACGAUCAUCAAAACAAAAAGAAGUCGUUGAAGCACAACAUUGGGAAAAAAUAGCUAUGGCAUUACCGCAAAGAUCGGUACGCAGUGUACAGCUUUUUGCGCUUCGACGUUUGUACCCGUGGAAAACAGGUCCUUGGACAAAGGAAGAAGAAAAUGAUUUAAUUGAGUUGGUUAAGCGGUAUGGGUUUACGUGGACAAAGUUCGCCUAUGAAUAUUUUCAAAGGCCUCCAAAUUACAUCCAGUCUAAAUGGAGAGAUCUCGAACCCCGUUUAUGUGAACCACAACAUGUUGGUACAAGUAAACGGCAUAGAUGGACAAAAGAAGAAGAUAUUAAAUUAUUGAAGGCUAUCAAUUUAGUGACAGGUGUUCCACUUCCGUAUCGUGCAGUGCCAUGGAGAGAAGUUCAAGAGCACAUGCCUAAUUUUUCUCCAUGCGCACUUUCUUGGCGAUAUAAAAAUACAUUAUUUCCUUCUAUUAUUGAGGGAAUGUUUAAAGGAGCGAAAGAACGCGUGUUAUUUCGACAAUAUCUACGAUAUGUGAAAAGCGGGUUACAGUCUGGAUUGAUUAAAGAUUUGUCGGAAGUGGAAGGAAAACGUGUUGUUCCUUUUUGGUAUUCCAGUAAUCAUCAAAGACGUUUCACUCAAUAUCUUAAAGCAAGUUGUUCUCCAGAAAUACAAAACUCAUCAUUAACAACACAAAUUAAUUAUCUUUAUAAUAAACUGAAAUGUGAUAAAAAAGAAAAACAUGAUUUACGUCGUUUAAGUGAAUCAUACGAAAUGCUUAAAAAAAUUAAUGGAGUGAUUGAAGUACCAGCAACUCCUGGGGUUUUGUCUCAACGAUACAAGAACCCUUUCGCACAUAAAUCCAACGUGUCUUCCAACGAAAAACAAAAAAAUUUGCCAUCUCGAAAUCUUUUUGUAACAGUAACAAAAAAUAAUACAGAAAAGCAGACUAAAAGUAUUCUUCGACCUUUAACAGCAAAGAUGGAAAAAAUUCAAAAUAUUGUUCCCCCCCAUUUGCAUCACGUACCUGAAGCUUUUCCAAUAUAUUUGGAGGCAAAGAAAAGAAAACAACGUAAAGAGAAACAACACUGUCUAUCCCAACAAAUCUCCACUCAAUCUGUUACUCAUGGGAAAAGUACAAAAAUAAAAAUAGUUCACGACUAACAAUGUUU